AUGAACGCCGAAGAACUACGCAAUCAAUUGGAGGAGUUACGCCAAGAAAACGCUCGCCUUGCAGCACUACAGGCACAGCAAUAUCCAACAGCUUCAGUGAAUCGCGUUGCNGCAACAGCUUCUGUGAAUCGCGUUGCCGUCAAGUUGCCACCUUUCUGUUCCGAAAGACCGAGCUUAUGGUUCUCACAGGUUGACUCGCAGUUUGCAAUCUCGGGAAUAACAAGUGAGGAAACAAAAUUUAAUUAUGUUGUGGCUCAGCUUGAUACGCGUUACGCCGCCGAAGUAGAGGAUAUUAUUACUAACCCACCGCCUACUGAACGCUACAAACAUCUACGCGCAAAACUUGUUGAACGGUUGUCUAUCUCAGAAGAACAACGUGUGCGGCAACUCAUCAAUGAAGAAGAACUAGGUGACCGUAAGCCAUCACAGUUCUUACGACAUCUCCGUUCCCUUGCCGGCACUACUACAUUACAAGACAAUAUUUUACGUCAACUUUGGCUCCGCCGUCUACCAUCACAUGCACAAGCUAUUUUAACUGCACAAUCAGAGCUUCAUCUGGGUAAGGUAGCCGAGCUGGCUGACAAAAUUGUUGAAGUGCAGCCAGCCCCCUCGCAAUUCGUCCAUGCUGUUGCCACGACGAACAAUAAAAAGGAACUCGAUGUUUUAGCUGCCAUUGAAGCACUCACAAAACAG